AAAAAGUAAAUUUUCUCUUAAAAACGCUUGUGAAGCUAUUUCGAGAUUCUUCCCACCGCCGGCACCGCGCCCCCAUCGGCAAGGAAGAGCUCUUCUCUGCCGGAAGCUGCAUCUAACAAUCUAGUCAUGGGUGAGGAAGGUGCAGUCGAUAAUAUGAAUCUGAAUAAUGAGGAGAAAAUUAAGCAGAAGAAAAAUGAUAAGAAAAGUAGUGCCAAAAGCGUAGUAGAGUUCCAUACUGAGUCCGCUUGAACAUCUGAGAAUGAAGGUAUUUCUCAAUUGAAGAGGGAUCAUAAAAGGGGCAAAGAAAACAAGAAGAUUAAGAAUAGUAAGGGAGCCAAAGAUGUUGAGGCUGACAUGAAGAGUGGUUCUAGAAAAGGUGAAUUGAGUGUAGUAUAUGGCGGUGAUCGACUAAAGAGUGAUAAUGCUGAAAGGAAUGGAGAGAGUUUUAUUGGACUAACAGUGGAUCACUCUGGAAUGAAGAGUGGUCGAAGAGAGAAAAAGAAAGAUAAGAAUGAGAUAGUGGAGACACAUGAUACUGACGAAGUAAAGAGGGAAGGGAGUAUCAAUUGGCAAGAGGGAGUAAAUGUAUCUGGAAAAGUGAGAGGCAAAGAAGUUCUGAAAGAGAAGAUUAAGCAGAAAGUGAAAAGAACUGACAGUGAGGUGGGAGAGAAAGAUGGAGAACUGAUCCUAGAGCAUAGUGAGAGUUGCAUAACCAGUGCCACAGAGAUUAGGGAGGAUAUGAAGAAGGACAAGAAAAGGAGGAAGGAUGUCAAUUUUGCCAGGUCAAAAGACACGCACACUGAAAAUAAAUCGGAUGAAAUUGGUUUAUCUUCACAGCGGCAGGAAAAUGUGCUUUAUGAUGUUGAAGAUCAUACUCAGUCAACAAAAGAAGAUGGUGGCACCAAGAAUAAUCAUGAAGUGAAGAAAAAGAAGAAGCACAAAAAGAAAGAGAACUACAAAGAUGAUCUGCCUGCUGCCCAGCAAAAAUAUGUAGAUAGUGACUCCAAUAGUGGUCUGAAUACUAAGGAGAUACCAAAUAAUGAAGCAGCAGAGUUCACAAUCAAAAGGAAGAAAAGGAAGAGUAAAGUUUUGGAAAAUUGUUCUAGUGAUGAACGAGACAAUGAAGCUGAAUAUGCAAAGAAAGGGAAAAGGAGAAAGACCAGUUUGGUGGUGAAAGGUUCAGUUGAUACUUCACCUAACAAAAGUAAUAAGAAAGUUAGAUUUUCUGAUCGGGUUGAGGUAUUUACUCUCCCUCCUAAAUCAAAUACUGAGGAUGGUAAUGGAGAGAAGGACAAUCUGGUAAUGGGCAAGCGACUCACACGGGAGGAAGAUGAGGUUGUGAAAGGUGCUGUUAUGAAGUACAUAGAGGAACAUGAGUUAGGAGAUGAAGGUUUGCAAAUGAUCUUGAACUCUGGCAAGCACCCUGAAGUGAAAGGUUGCUGGAAAGAAAUAGCAUCUUCCAUACCAUACAGGCCGCGUAGUGCGAUCUUUUAUCGCGCUCGGAUUUUAUUUAUGAGGUCUAAGAGCCGGAAAUGGACUCAAGAAGAGUAUGACAUGAUAUUGAAAUACCAGGAAGAGCAUGGUAACAAGUGGAGGGCGUUGGCAGAUGAACUUGGUAAACAUGCAUGGCAUGUCAAGGAUACUUGGCGCAGGAUAAAGGUACGUAGGAAGAAAGGAAAUUGGUCACAAGAAGAGUAUCAGAGAUUAUUUGAUCUGGUGAAUACUGAUCUACAAUUGAAACUUUCUGAAGAGAAGAAGUCCAAGCAUGGAAUGUUGCGGGACAAUAUCUGUUGGAGUGCAAUUAGUGAUGAGUUAUCCACUCGACCUCAUUCAACCUGCUGUCUAAAGUGGUACAAUCAAUUAACAUCACCUAUGGUAGCUCAAGGUGUAUGGGCCGAUUCAGAUGACUAUCGUCUGCUUAGUGCACUUUAUCGAUUGUAUGCAAAUUGUGUGGAAGAUGUCGACUGGGAUGAUCUUAUUGAUACCAGAGCUGGAGAUGUAUGUCGGAAGCGUUGGAACCAGAUGGUUCUACAUAUAGGUUCCAAUGGAAAUAAAUCAUUUGCUGAACAAGUUGAAGUAUUGGCUCAAAGAUACUGCCUGCAUCUUCUUGAAGCAAGAGUUACCUGGGAUAGCAAACCAAGGGUUCCUUGAUCUGCCCUUUGUAGCUGUGGAGUUUAAAGCUUGAUGUCAUGAAGAAAAUCACUUGUGAAGGUUAUUCGUCUCUCCAUUUCUCUUUAGUCUCAUUGGUAUCUGUAGUUCUGUACUCUGGUUUGUCAUCUUUUGUUUUAACUUUGGAAGAUCCUACAUGCUAUGUCAUACAUGAAGAUUUUGUCCUUUACAUUUACAUUUUCUGUUUGCCUGUAAAAAAUUAGCCUUCAGUGGAUUUGGGUUUGAUCUUUA